AUGUCGAGAGUAAUCGUGAAGAAUUUGCCUCUCAAGGCGACGGAGAAGACGCUGUCCGAGCUGUUUGCCCAGUGUGGGGAGGUAACAGAUGCCAGACUCAUCAGGACGCAGACGGGCCUCUCGCGAAAGGUCGGGUUUGUGGGUCUCGCAAGCGACUCGCAGGCCCAGCGAGCCGUAGAGACGUUUGACCGCUCAUUUAUCGGCUCCGCCAGGAUCUCGGUGGAGGUGGCCAAGCCGUACGGAGACGAAUCCCUCCAGAGGCCUUGGAGCAAGUACUCUAGAGGGAGCUCUGCAUUCGCUAAAAGAGACAGCGAGAAAAAGAACAGAGAGCGAGAGAAAGGGGACGACGUAGGAGAGAAAGACAAUGUGAAAUCUGGAAAACAAAAGAAAUCGGUGGCGAUAUCCGAGUUGUGUGAUAUCGAAGAGGAGGAAGAGUUUCAGGAGUUUCUGUCGGUUCACACGCACAAGAGUCAAGUUAGAACGUGGGCUGAUGGCAGUACGGAAACCAGUGGGAAGAAAGACAAAAGAAAGACAAGCAAGAGAAGGGUGGGAGGAGAAGAAGGAGAGGUGGGUGAAGAGAUGGAGACAGAGGAUGGAAAGCAGCGGCGAAAGAUAUCUAAACUGGGAAUGAAAGUAGAAAGGUAA